AAGAGAAAUAUAGAGGGAGAGGGAGAGAAAGAAAGAGAAGAGAGAAAGAGAGAGAAAGAGAGAGAGAGGGUGAGAAAAAGAGGAAUAAGAGGAGAAACAAAUUCUUACCUAGUAGUAGGUAGUAGGAUAAAAGGAGAGGGAGAGAAGGAAGAGGGAGGUACGUGUAUCUGCUGCGUAUAUUCAUCAACGACGCCUUUUCGUUGUUUCUUUUUCGUUAUCGAACGUGCAAAAAACCCUCCGUUAUCGCGAUACGUUACAUUUGUUGUCUUCAUUGUUAAAUCGUCUCACGUGGUGCGAGAGAGUCGUGUUCUUAGAAACAAAAAAAAAGAACAAAAUAAAACGAAAUUAAAAUAAAAUAAACAUAAGUGGGAGAAGAGACGUGAAUAGAAAAAAAAAAGAAAUAAUACAACAGAUGAUGACCACUUCUUCUAACAUGUCACGAGGACAACAACAAGGGUGGAAACAACAACAACAACGACAGUAGUGACGGCGGUUUUGUUUUGACGUCGACCGUGUAGAGGAGAAGUCCUAUGAUAAAAAGUUACAUUUGGUUGCACUUUACGAGCAGAGACAGUAAAGAGGAAAGUGUAAAAAGCAAGGAAAGAAAAAAGAUAGAAAUAAAGAAAGGAAAGAAGAAAAGAAAAGUAAGAAAGAAAGAAAGAAAGAAAUAAAGAAAGGACGACGGCCUUCCGUAGGCGGCGCGUGAAUACUUCGUAGAGAAGAAGAGUGUCGUCGACCUGUUAACCUCUUGCGUUCCAAGAUAGCGUGGAAGAUUCUUUGAAAUUAAUCGUUUAAAAUUAAAAUCUAUGUGUCGUUUGACAGGUGGACAUUGUUGACAUCGUGGUGUGAAAAAGAAAGGGAGGAAGAAAAUAUAUAAGUUAGUUGAUUUGUGUACUUUGACGACGUAUUUAAAAUACGUACGUUUAAAGGCGUAUCGUAUCCUAACCUCUCUCUUGCAUGAGUAAGAGAGAGGGUGGGUGGAAGAAAGUAAGGUAUUAUUAAGUGUUGUUUUCUUCCGUAUUGUCGAACAGAGUCGUCUCGAUCGUAAAACUAAACUUUGCGGAAGACGUUUUUAAAAAGGAAUGGUGGGAUUGGAAGGGAAGGGGGAGCACUGGAUGGAACGCCCUUAACGCGCGUUGCGAGUGCACAUGCACCGGGCUUGCCGUGCGGCGUGCAUUCGCUUAUUUACAAUUGACACGUGCUUUCUACUAUACGUCUUUACGGUGCAUCGAUAAUAAAGAGAAACUCAUAUUUCCAAAUGUGUUUUCACUGAUUCACAGUUAUUUCGAAGAAAAUACAUUUAGUGUAUCAAGUGGGUGGUAGAGAAAAAUAAUAAGUGUUGAAACCGUACUACGAAGAGAAAAGUGUGCGAAGUUGUUUGACGAAGGAGGUGAAAGCUGGUGGGGAUUUUAAACGAAGAGAAAGAGAAAGAAGGAAGGAAAGAAGGAAAGAAAGAAAGAAAGAAAGAAAGAAAGAAAGAGAGAGAGAGAGAAAGCGAGAAAAGAAAUCACGCGCGACACGAGCUCGAUCGACGCGCGCGAUAAUAUCGACAACGCGCACGUCAUGCUCGAGAGAACGGUUUGCUGCUUCUCGAUCCUCAUACUUUCAAUCAGUACGUUUAAAUCGCGAAACGAUAAUUCAAGGAAGGAGAUAAACACGAAGAGAAACAACGAGAACAACGUCAUCAUCAUCAACGUCGUCGUCGUCGUCGUCAUCAACGUCGUCAACGUCGUCUUCUUCUUCUUCUUCUUAUACGAUUACUUAGUGGCUAUUAAAGUAGAAGAAUCGAAGAAGAAGAAGAAUAGUAUUUCCACCUGACGCGUGUGUACUACUACUACUAGGGUGGGAACACAUUUUUGCUUUCUCUCUCUCUCAUUUGUUUUCGAUAAUAUAUUGCUGCUCCCCUUGAUAUCGUAAACAAUUACAAGAAGAAAUAAGUGCACAUCUUUUAUUUGCGAACAACACACACUACGACACGAUGUCAUACUUCUUCCGCGUGAGCUACGAAUCUCGGAAUACGCGGCACGUUAAAGCUACACGUUCGUUCGAAAGUAAAAUGUAAGAGGGAGAGAGAGAGAAAAAGAAAUAGAGAGAGAGAGAGAGAGAGAGAAGAGAGAAGGGAAAGAGAGAGAGAGAGAGAUUGUGUGUGCGUGUGUGUGUAUGCAUGUAUGUAUGUAUGUAUAUAUAUGUGUGAGCGAGAAAACGAUAUUUACGCGCGACAGGAGAACCCGUCGGCAAUUUUUUGGUUUCUCGCAAGGACGGCUUUUCCGAUCGUGGCCGAGGCAAUGUCUUCGGGCAACAGAGGUUUGGCGUCCCCAUCCUGUGGGCCUAUUGUGCGGUGCGGGCAUCUGAAAAAGCUUAAAACCUUGAAAAAGAAGUAUUUCGUUUUGCGAGGCGAGGCACCGGGAUAUUCCGCUUGUUUGGAAUAUUAUGACACUAAGAAGAAGUUUGAAAGCAAGCAAUUGCCUAAACGCAGCAUCCUACUGCACAGCUGCUUCAAUAUCAACAAGCGUGUCGACACCAAGCACAAACACGUUAUAGCGUUGUAUACCAAGGACGAAUGCUUUUGUUUGAUCCUCGAUAAUGAAAACGAACUGAAUGAAUGGUUAAAAGAAAUGCUCCUCCUACAGAGCGGUGAUGUACCUGAAGGUGAACAGCCUCGCCCCACGUUCGAGCACGUGUGGCAAGUUACUAUGCAGAAAAAAGGACUUGGUGAACGAAAAAAUAUCAAUGGACCAUAUAGGUUAUGUCUCACUGAUCGCACUCUAAGUUUAGUCAAAAUUGGAGCUAAAGACAAUUCCGAUUCUAUUGAAUUUUCUUUAAUCUGCAUCAGGAGGUGUGGUUAUAUGGAUCGCAUCUUUUACAUGGAAGUUGGUAGAUCCGCAGUAACUGGAGGUGGUGAAUUUUGGAUGGAAGCUGAAGACAGUAACAUUGCGCACAACAUGCAUGCUGCAAUAUUAAAUGCAAUGAGUAAUUCCAAUUCCUAUAAAGAUGAAGUUGGACCUCGUCAAAGGAUGCGUAGUUCCUCGGCAAAUGAAGCAAGUAAACCCAUCUCAGUGCUCCAACGACGACAUACAGGGCAAAAAUUUCAUAGCUUCUCGCCUCUAGAGGAACAAAGGACGUGCAAGGAACAGGUGGAUCCGUUGCAGGAACAAACCACUACUGCCUCUGCCCCCGCACAGUGUAGUCAAUCUCAGAGUACUUCUUCCAAUACAUUCACGGUCGUUGCCGGUACCGGGGCUGGGACUGCUGGGAUUGCCUCGAUUAAUGUCAACUGUGCCACUGCUACUAGACGUCGUCAUUCGGUAGCAAGUCAUCCCCAUUCCGUCAAUAAUUCCCAAUCCGCUCAUGUCACAACAAGUACAACUACUACAACGACAACCAUCACCAUCACAACGACCGCCACCGCAACCACUACAACCACAACCGCAAUAAUAUCCCAUCAGAGAACCCUGUCGCUGCCCUUAGCUGCUGUUAUUAUCAAUCAAACGCAAUCAUCCAAAAGAUCUGUUUUACGCUGUACCACUGGACGUGACAGAUGCGACAGUUUGCCAUCAAGAGCUCGGACAACGAGUGAAUGUCAUCCAACCACAGUUGUCUUGAGUCAUCCUAGAAGCUCUCAUUUUAUAUCUCAUGUACCCAGACCUCACUCUAUGUAUGGACGAGGUCUGUCUUAUUCUCCACCAGUUUCCUCAAUGCCGAUUAGCCCAGCCUCAGGAGCAUGCUCAACUGAUUCAGCUGGGUCCUCUCUUUCUAUGGAUGAUGGCAGUGAAAAUAUUUUAGAAGAAAGUACUGGUUCGAGAUAUGGUCAUUCGUUGACUCCCGACGAGCCAGUUAUUUUAGAAGAGAAUGGGGACGAUUAUGCUGCAUGGUCUACGACGCAUUCGCAUCAUAAAUACUCGCCAAACUUUAAAUCCCAUUCUCCGUCACAGCAGAGUUCCUAUGUAGAAAUGUAUAGUCCUUGUGGUUCGAGUCCUGGACGUGGUGGAAAUUACAUGCCAAUGAGUCCAGCGACGACAGCUUAUUCCCAUUCUCAUGCAUCGUCUCUUGUUGAGGAGACGAAUGUUUUACCUGAUGGCUAUGUUCCAAUGGCGCCUGUUGGCGAUGAUGGCUAUGUAGAUAUGGAUCCAUCAACCAGUCAUAAUGGUCAUUUUCCAGAUGACAUGUCACAACACGGUGGUAGUAGUUGCUCAGUAACUUCUGGCACACCUAGUACAGAUUUACGUUUUUCCGAGUAUCACCUAGAUAAAGUAACCAGCUUCUUUGCACCAGGAGAAGAUUUGCAAGCUAGACCAACUAGAGCGUAUUCAGUUGGAUCUAGGCCAGAACCAACUAAUAAGCAUCGUAAAAAUAGAUUAGAUAUCACGCAGCAGGAAGCAAGUAGAGUGAGAGCAUUCUCUGUAGGCAGUCGUUCAAAGAGACCUGAACUUGGCAGAUUAGCUAAUGUAGUUACAACUCCUUUGCCAUCUAGUUCGGAUAAUUCCAACUCAAAUAAAUCAAAUUCAGCGCCCUUAUUAUCCAGUUCUUGGGGUCAUAAUUCUGGUUGUUCUGGUACCUCCGAACGAAUGGAAGAUCUUAUGGAAUUAGACUUUACAAGACAAAGCGUUCCAGCUACUCUUUCAUCACCCCCUUCUUCCUAUACACAGUCACAAUCACAGUCAUAUUCUACUGCCACCACCGACACUAGUUCCUAUGUCGAUAUGUCUCCUGGACAACCGCCUACAUCGACCACUGCCUCGUACGUCGACAUGAGCGGCUUAAAUAAGAUCAAUCGUAAUAAUAAUAAUAAUUCUAUCACUGCCAAUCAGAACCAUAGUCACGUUCAUGUAUCAUCUUCGGCUUCCACACUGAAACCCGUUAUAACAACCUUGAAACCAGUGGAAGAAGCAGAGAGUUCAUAUAUGAAAAUGGACGGUAAUAUGGAAGAUUGGUCAUUAUCAGGUGCAAGUCCUAAACAAAUACCAUCGCCUAUGCAAGAAGACUGUAUUCAAACGAAUGGCCCACCAGGUGGUGCAAGAACGGCCCCGGUUGAUUUACCUCAACCUAGACGACCUCCUGAAGGAUAUGUAGAAAUGUCUUUCAAAGCGAGGCCAAGUUUAGAACAAGAUUAUAUUAAUAUAAGUAUGGGCAUGGUUGGACGGAACAACCGAAGAGUACGAGUGAACAACAGUCGCAAGGAAAACUCACGUUCACAACCAAUCGCUAUUCAAGCUGGAAGUAAACCAUUGAAAGCACCCAAUUUCUUACCUCUUAAUGGUAGUCCAACAUCGGAAAGUUUAGCGAGUACACCAGCUUCUCCUCCACGUGCUACGCCUACCGGCUCGGCAGCUACUAUUUUUCCCUUCUCUUUAAAUAGUCCUCAAUCUCCUAUAAAGCCAUUUACGCAUCAACAAAAAUCUGACGAUUCUUCUUCAAGGAUUGACACGGAUUUAAAGAAUAACGAUUAUGACAUUACGGCUGAUAAUACGACAAAAAAAAUUAACACCAUUAAUCCAGUCUCCUCGAUGACGGAUACUACAAAUAAUUCAAUAUCAAAAAUCAUUAACGACGAACCAUUAAGUCGUAAUACGGAUCAAACACGAGUUAUAUCAAACUCGAUAUCUUCGCAAGAAUGCACGUUAAAUUCGUUAACAAAGAAAUUUGCUGAUCUUACGGUAUCAAAGCCACGAUUAGUUACUGCAUCACCUAAUACAAGUCCGACGUUAUCGGGUUUUAAAACUGCUAUGUUACAACAAAAAUCGUCAUCGCCGAAAUUCAUUGACGAAACACCGAUACAAACACCUACGUCUACUCCAACUCCUACGCCUAGUCCUCUGGAUAGCGAUGGUUAUGAGAAACUACAACCUGGUGCAACAGUUUUACAUUAUGCUAGUUUGGAUCUACCAGAACUCGCUACCGUGGUACCCGUAUCGCCCGCAUCUGUUCAGGAAGGUUUCAGUUAUGCCGAAAUUGACUUUACAAAACUGAAACAAAAUUAACUUUUAUGGUCAAAGGUGUGCCGUUGUAUUUUACAAUAUUUACAUCAGAGCUCUGUGUGUUUGCAAAUUUAAUAGUAAGCAGACAGUAUGUUUGAUGGUUUUACAUCCUACAUUAGUUCGAUGAAAGUAAUUGAAUUCGUGCAAGGUUCCGGGUACCAGUUGUGUAUAAUUUAUUUCUUUUAUCCCAGCAUCUGAAGUGUAAUCAUUUAUUGGGUUUUGUAAAGCGUUUUGAAUUUCUUUCUUUUUUCUUUUAUUUUUCUUUCUUUUUAUCUAUAAAUUUUUUUUUUUUUUUUUUUUUUAUAAUAAAAAAAAAUUAUUCGCACUUAUAAUUCUGGUACAGCAUUAGGACGUCGUUAUUGUAUGAGAAGAAGAUACUUAUUUAUAUUAUUUUUAUGGAAACAACAAAUAUAUAUAUAUAUAACGUAAUAUGCAUUAUUGCGAGAAAAAGAUAAAUCUUGGAUCUGAUGUGCACACAACUGUGCGAAAUAAAAGAAAAACUUAGGCAGUUAUAGUUUAAAUAAUGUAUAUAGAAUUUGUUCAUAGCAUUAUGACAUUCCAAGAUAGAUACUUUCUCAGAUUAAAAUCUUUUUAAUUAAAGUUAACUGUCCACGAGCAAUUUAACGUGAAGUAUCUUUUAUACAUUUGGCUUUUUGAAGUUGUAUUACAUAGAACAUUAAUUUUACAAUUUUUAGAUCUUUUGUGAAUAUGUUUUAUAUUAAAAGAAUGUUGCAUGUCAUCAGUGUAAAUUUUUGGUAAUUAUUUAAAAAAGCAAAAAAAAAAAAAAAGAAAGAAGAAAAAUAAAAGUUAUUUUUAACUAAUCUGUAAUUAUAUGUAAUUAGUUAAUCAUAUAUAUAUAUAAAUAUAAAUAUAUAUAUAUCUCAUUUUUCUGGUAAGAAUGAUAAUUUUACAGAUAUUACAAACUGCCUGAACAUACAAUGCGACAAUAUAAUGGCACUACCAGAAAUAUAAGAGCACAAAUUGCUUUUUUGAACACUGUUUUCAAAUAUUUUUCAUAUUAUGAAAAAUUUGUUAAUAGGGCAUCGAAAAGUCACAGUAA